GUUGAGUAAAAGUAAAACUUUUCAAUAACCAUGGAAAUAUUAAAAGCAAUAGGAAUACAAGAGUUUAAGAAUUGGGAUAUACUGAGGAGAUUGUUAGCAGAACUUAUCGGAACAUUUCUACUGAUAACCAUUUCGCUCUCGGGAAUACACGAAAUAAAAUCUGCAGUUGGCUUCGCACUAGCAAAUGGAUUACUUUUAGCUUCUAUCAUAGCGUAUACAGGCCAUAUUUCUGGUGGACAUGUGAAUCCGGCCGUGACUCUUGGAAUGUUAAUUUGCAAGUAUAUAAAACUGGUCCCCGCGCUGUGCUACGUGGUUAUGCAAAUAGUUGGAGCGUUGUUAGGCCAAAUGGUAGCACGAUUGAUUGUGAACAAAGAUUACAAGAUGAUAAGUGGUCGGAAGGUGGGGGAGCGAUCAGAGUUUGGUCUGGAGGUGCUUGAGACAUUUUUGUUGGUGUCGGUGGCUCUGAGCGUGACGGACCCGAGGAGGAGUGCUCGGGGAGUUGGUUCUGCCGCUUUAGCCAUCGGUCUAAGUGCAGCAGCUUCUCUCUGCGCAGUGACAGAAUACAGAGCAAGCUUGAACCCCGUCGGGCAUCUAGCGUCGUCAAUAUAUCUAAAAUCAUCACCCAACUGGGUGUAUUGGGGCGGGCCGCUGCUCGGUGGACUAUUAGCUGGACUGGUGUAUAGAUUUAUCCUGAGUUAUAGUAGACCUGCUCACAUUCGGGUUAUUUAUAAUCCGUAAAGAUACAAAAAUAAAUGACCUCAUUAAAAAUCUCA